CGGGGCAGCUGUGGCGGGAGCGGGCCCGGCGGGGCCCGGCCAGGCCGCCAUGUAUGCGGGGCUGCAGGAGCUGGGGGUGGCCAACGGCGAGGACCUGAAGGAGACGCUGACCAACUGCACGGAGCCGCUGAAGGCCAUCGAGCAGUUCCAGACAGAAAAUGGAGUGCUCCUGCCCUCGCUGCAGUCGGCCCUGCCCUUCCUGGACCUGCACGGCACCCCCCGGCUGGAGUUCCACCAGUCGGUUUUCGACGAGCUGAGGGAGAAGCUGCUGGAGAGGGUCUCUGCCAUCGCUUUGGAAGGGAAAGUUGAGGAGAGAUACAAGAAGCUGGAAGAUCUCCUAGAGAAGAGCUUUUCCCUGGUCAAGAUGCCUUCCAUACAGCCUGUGGUAAUGUGUGUCAUGAAGCACUUGCCCAAGGUCCCUGAAAAGAAGCUGAAGUUAGUAAUGGCUGAUAAGGAUUUAUAUAAAGCAUGUGCAGUGGAGGUGAAGCGCCAGAUUUGGCAGGAUAACCAGGCUCUGUUUGGUGAUGAGGUAUCUCCACUGCUGAAGCAAUAUAUACUGGAGAAAGAAAAUACUCUCUUCAGCAAUGAUAUUUCUGUCUUGCACAAUUUCUUCAGUCCGUCUCCCAAAACAAGACGUCAAGGAGAGGUGGUUCAGAAGCUGACCCAGAUGAUUGGGAAGAACGUGAAGCUCUAUGAUAUGGUGUUGCAGUUUCUGAGAACCUUGUUCCUUCGGACAAGGAAUGUUCAUUACUGCACGCUACGGGCAGAGCUCCUGAUGUCGCUGCAUGACCUGGAAAUCAGUGAAAUCUGCACCGUUGACCCCUGUCAUAAGUUCACCUGGUGCCUUGAUGCUUGCAUUCGGGAGAAGUUUGUGGACAACAAGAGAGCUCGGGAAUUGCAAGGGUUUCUGGAUGGAGUGAAGAAAGGACAAGAACAAGUGUUGGGGGACUUAUCAAUGAUCUUGUGUGAUCCCUUUGCCAUUAACACCUUAGCCUUGAGUACCAUAAGGCACCUGCAAGACCUGGUUGGGCAGGACACCUUACCCAGGGAAAGCCCAGAUCUGCUGCUGCUCCUUAGGAUGCUGUCUUUGGGACAGGGGGCCUGGGACAUGAUUGACAGUCAAGUCUUCAAGGAACCAAAAAUGGAAGCUGAGUUGAUCACGAAGUUCUUACCUAUGCUGAUGUCUUUUGUGGUGGAUGACCACACAUUCAAUGUGGAUCAGAAACUGCCCUCAGAGGAGAAGGGGCCAAUUCCCUACCCCAGCACCAUUCCUGAAGCUUUCACCAAAUUCUUGCAGGAGAACAGAAUAGCUUGUGAGAUUGGGCUGUAUUACAUUCUUCACAUCACUAAACAGAGGAACAAGAAUGCUUUCCUUAGGCUCCUGCCAGCACUGGUUGAGACAUUCAGUGACUUGGCCUUCAGUGAUAUUUUUCUGCAUCUGCUUACUGGUAACCUCACGCUGCUGGGUGAUGAAUUUGCACUCGAGGAGUUCUGCACCAGUCUCUUUGAUGGCUUCUUUCUCACUGCCUGCUCAAGAAAGGAGAACGUACACAGACAUGUGCUAAGACUGCUGCUUCAUCUGCAUCACAAAGUGGCGCCUGCCAAAUUAGAGUCUCUCCAGAAGGCUUUGGAACCCACCAAGCAGAGUGGGGAAGCUGUGAAGGAGCUUUAUAACCAACUCACUGAGAAACUGGAGCUUCGCAAGCCAAGUCCAGCUGAAGUGACUGAGACUCCCUCCAUGGAACUGCCCUUGCCCACUGUGCCCACACCAGCCUCGCGCUGAGCUAUGCCUGUAGUGCAAGAGUGAGACAGGAGAAGAACUAACCUAGUGCUCUGCAGCGUGAAGGCACUGUACUGCCUUUCAAGUGUCUCUGCCUACAGGGUGGAAACAAAAAAAAGCCACUGAAGCUCUUUCAGGAAACACUGCAGUUUACCCAACUCACUGGCUUUUGCUGGUUAGAAAACUCUGCAGUGCAUUGCAAAGGUUUACUUUUCUUAAAGAUAGCUGAGUGUCUUGUAGAUCCACUUAAAAUUUGACUGUACAUUUUUUUUCAAAAAGAAAAUGCGUAUUUUUAA